GGGGCCAAGAUGGCUGCGCCCAGCUGCAGCGCCGCCGCCGCCGCCGCCGCCGCCCGGUACUGCCUGGUGAGCGGCAUCCCGGCCGUGCUGCGCUCCGCGCAGCUCCGCGCCUACUUCAGCCAGUUCUUGGAGGCCGGAGGCUUCCUCUGCUUCCACUACCGGCACCGCCCGGAGCGCCCGCCGGCGGGCAGCGGCGGGGAGGCCCCGGCGGCGCCGCGCACCUGCUCCUGCCUGGUGGCCGUGCGGCCCGGCCGCGGCCGCCGCUUCCUGCGCAUGUACUCGGGCAAGCGCUGGGUCGGGCCCGACGGCGCCGCGCUGCCCGGCCGCUGCCUCAUCCGCAGGGUCCGCGUCAGCCCCGGCGCAGGCGCAGAGGCAGUUCCCAGCAGUGAGGAGCAGACAGCUGCCGGGGAGUCUGUCACAGAGGCAGAGCUGAAGCGGCUGCCCGAGCUGAACCCCCCUUCCUUCAUGCCCUAUGGCAACGUGGGCACCCCCCUGAGAGUGUUCCUGGAGCUGAUCCGGGCCUGCAGGCUGCCCCCACGGAUCAUCAAGAAGUUGCAGCUGGAUUUCCCCAGGACAGGCUCCAGCCGCAGGUAUGGGAAUGUGCCCUUCCAGUACCAGGACUCUGAGCUGGCUGCAGAGGAAGAAAGAGUUUACACUGCUGCAGGGGAUGAGAUCACAGAGGGAGAGGGGCCUGUGGCAAGAGCUGAGCUGACUCACCCAGCCAGUGCUGAGGAGGAUGAAGAGGGGCAGGAAGAGGAGGAAGAGGAGUCACACUCAGAUGAUGACGACGACACCUGUGAGGAGUGGGAGCGGCACGAGGCCCUGCACGAGGAUGUGACCAAGCAGGAGCGCAGCGAGGAGAGGCUCUUCGAGGAGGAGAUUGAGCUCAAGUGGGAGAAGGGAGGCUCUGGCCUGGUCUUCUACACAGAUGCUCAGUACUGGCAAGAGGAGAAUGGAGACUUUGAUGAGCAGACUGCAGACGACUGGGACGUGGACAUGAGCAUCUACUAUGACAGAGAUGGAGGUGAUAAGGAUGCUCGGGAUUCGGUCCGGAUGAGGCUGGAGCAGCGGCGCCGCAGCGGCCUGGAGGGUGGCUCUGCCCCAGGGCAGAUUGGCAGCUUUGAGAGGUACACCAAGGGCUUUGGCAGGAAGCUGCUGGAGCAGCAGGGCUGGACGGAGGGGCAGGGGCUGGGCAGCAGCAGCUCUGGAAUGGCAGAAGCUCUGGACAACGAGGGUCAGAACCCCAGAUGCAAGAGGGGACUGGGGUACCAUGGGGAGAAGCUGCCAACCUUCAUCAGGGUGAAGAAGCGCCGUGAGGAUGCUCCCAUCCUCAUCUCCACCAUCUACGAUGACCCUGACCCGCAGGACAGUGGGGACCAGCUGCUCAGGCGCCAGCCCCCCACCGCCAUGAAGUACAGGCAGAACAUGGCCUUUGUGCGGGCAUCCCAGGGGGCUCUGCAGAGCUCUGAGGCCCAGGCUCACUGAGGCCAGGCUCACUGAGGCCAGGCUCACUGGGGCCCAGG